AUGGCACUGGUGAAGUUCAAUGCGCGCAUGGGCAUUCUGGAGGCUCGAGUCGGAGCGAUAAACAACCCGUUUGGCCCAAGGCAGUCUCGAUUUUGUCUACCCACGCGAGCUAUGUUCUCUGCAGCCCAUCUGGUCGCUGCCCUCGUUGCCUGGAUCGCUCCAUCCGACGGUCUCUUGAUAAUGUCGUCCCCUCGCAGCACCCACUCGCCUCCCGACGCCAUCGAGAAGUGCAUUGCCCCCGGCUCCACCGUCAACGUUCAAGUGGGUGUCGUGGCCGAACACGACGGCGUCGCCCACGUCCAAGUGUGCCGCCUCCCUGACGUGAAUGACAUGGAUGACGUCAUGCCGGACGAGUGCUUCAAACCCGCCAAGCAACCGCACGAGAAUGAGCCGUGGCGCGUGGCGCCAGGGGUCCAUGUCUGGUCGACCAACAUCGCGCUUCCGUCUGCACACGACUCGCGCGCGGUCGUGCGGUGGUGGUACGAUGGCGGGGGCUGA